AUGUCUCUACUUGAUCAGAACUGGGGUGGUAUUGGUGGUGCUGAUGAUGAAGCACAAGAUGACAAUCAACAGGGCAGACAAAUUGUAACAACUCGUGAUGGUACAUUAAUGUUAAUUGAAUGUACACCAGAAAUGUUUGAAUCUUUAUCUAAUACAAUGGAAUCCGAUUCAUCAAUUGAUGAUAACAAUGAAUUAGAAACUGGUUUUCAAUUAGUUAUGCGUGCUUGUCAAAGUUUUUAUCAAUCCAAAAUUAUUUCAAAUGAUAAAGAUCUCAGUGGUAUUAUUCUUUAUGGAACAGAAAAAAAUAAAAAUACAUUUGAUUUUAAUCAUAUUUACAUUCUUCAUGAAUUAGCACAACCAUCAGCUGAACGUAUUAUCCAAUUAGAAGCUUUAUCAAAUAAAAAUACUUAUAAAAAAACAUAUAAUGAUCUCUUUGGUUCAACACAAUCGAAAAAUUAUUCAUUAAAUGAAGCAUUAUGGACAUGUUCAAAUUUAUUUGCUAAUUCUCCUCAACGCUUAACAAUAAAACGAGUAUUUAUAUUUACAUGUAAUGAUCAACCACAUGCAUCAAAUUUAACCUUAGAACGACAAGCUAAACAACGUGCUAAAGAUUUAAAUGAUGUUGGAAUUGAAGUUGAAGUAUUUCCAAUUUUAACUGAAUCAAUAACAAAAUUUGAUUAUAAAAAAUUUUUUCAAGAUGUUCUUAUGUUAAGUGAUGAUGAACUCGAACUACGAAAUAAUCAAGCACCAACUGGUAGAUUAAAUGAGCUAUUAAAACUUGUUUAUUCAAAAGAACAUAAAAAACGUGCUUAUUGUACUGUACCAUUUUCAUUGGGAGAAACUUCUGAUGGAACACCAUUACAAUUUUCCGUUUCAGUUUUUAAUAUGGUCCGUCCAUGUCCAAAACCAACAAAAAUUAAAUUAGAUAUGAAAACAAAUAUGGAAACAAAAAUUGUUACAAAACAUUAUCUACCUGAAACAGCUGAAAUUCUUAUGCCAUCUGAUAUACAAUAUGGUAUUGAUGUAUCUAAUCGUCGUGUUUUAUUUGAUGCUGAUGAAAUAAAAGCAAUAAAAAAAUUUAGUGAUCCCGGUUUUCAAAUACUUGGCUUUAAAAAUAUUUCAUGUUUAUUACCACAUCAUUAUGUUAAACCCGGUCAUUUUAUUUAUCCCGAUGAAAAAUAUGUGGAAGGAAGUUCAUGUUUAUUUAAUGCACUAUUAAAAAAAUGUUUAGAAAAACAAAUGUUUAUUCUAUGUCAAUUUACUGCAAGACGAAAUACACCACCACGUCUUGUUGCACUUAUUCCACAAGCUGAAGAAAUAAAUAAAAAAGAUCCCAGUGAUCGUAUAGCAUCAAAUGGUUUUCAUGUACAUUAUUUACCAUAUGCUGAUGAUAUACGAACUUUACCAAAGAAUGAUAUACCACGUAUAACCGAUGAUAAAGUUGAUGUUUUUAAAAAUGUAAUUCGUGGUUUAAAAUUUAAAUAUCGUCCUGAUAGAUUUGAAAAUCCUGCUCUACAAACAUUAUGGAGAAAUAUUGAAGCAACAGCAUUAAAUAAAGAUAAACCAGAAGAAUUCGACGAUUUAACUAUUCCAAAUGUAGAAAAUCAAAAUAAAAAAGUUGAUAAAUAUACUACAGAAAUUAAACAAAUGUUUUUCCCACCGGAUUAUGUUAUGGGUGUGACAAAACGAACACCAACUAAACGAAAGGCUGAAACAGCUGCCACAUCAACCAGUGAAAAAAAGAGAAAACCGGAUGAUGAUGUUAAUGUUGAAGCUGCUGCACGCAAUAAUUCAUUAAAUAAAUUAACCGUACCGAUAUUAAAAGAUUAUUGUAAAGAAAAGAAUUUAAAAGCAACUGGAACAAAAAAACAAGAUUUAAUUGAUGCUAUAGAAAAGCAUCUUAGUAUUACUACAUAG